AUGAUACCAUAUUUUACAGGUUUGGGCAUAGGUCUUGUUGCUAGUGGCAGCUCGAUCAUUUUACUUUUAGUGCUCGCCGCCCCGUUUAUAGCACGCAAAGUGAAGUUAAAUACGGCAAACAAAUUCAAAAGAAGAUUGUUCAAGCAAAAUCAUGGGUUGCUAUUGCAACAACUAAUAUCCCAGAAAACAGAUUUUGGUGAAAGGAUGAUCAUUUCUUUGUUGGAUCUAGAGAAGGCCACAAACAAUUUUGACAGAACCCGUGAGGCCGGCGGCGGAGGCCACGGUGUUUUGUAUAAAGGAAUUUUAGACCUACAGGUUGUCGCCAUCAAGAAAUCCAAGAUCGUCGUACAGAGAGAAAUUGAUGACUUCAUAAACGAGGUUGCAAUUCUUUCUCAAAUCAAUCAUCAAAAUGUUGUGAAACUAAUCGGAUGUUGUCUUGAGAGAGAAGUCCCCUUACUGGUUUAUGAGUUCAUUUCAAAUGGUACUCUUGAUCACCAUCUUCAUAUUGAAGGCCCGAUGUCACUGUCAUGGGAUGAUCGAACAAGGAUUGCGCUGGAAGUUGCUAGGGCUCUGUCUUAUCUUCAUUCGGCUGCUUCGAUGCCAAUUUAUCAUAGGGAUAUUAAAUCAUCCAACAUACUUCUAGAUGACAAUUUGACAGCAAAUGUAUCAGAUUUUGGAGCUUCGAGGUACAUUCCAAUUGACAAAACGGGGGUGACUACAGCUGUGCAAAGAACAAUAGGUUACUUAGACCCUAUGUACUAUUAUACUGGCGGCCUAACAGACAAGAGUGAUGUUUUAAGUUUUGGUGUUUUGCUUGUUGAACUCCUAACUAGAAAAAAGUCAUGCAUGUACCGUAGUGGCGGCGACGGUGUUGGUCUUAUUUCACAUUUGAUUUCGCUACUCGCAGAAGGCAAUCUUGAUGAGUUAAUUGAUCCCCAAGUUACGGAAGAGGGAGAUGGAGAAGUCCAGGAAUUAGCUAUGCUAGCAGCAAUGUGCAUAAACUUGAAGGGAGAAGAGCGGCCUACAAUGAGGGAAGUGGAGAUGAAACUUGAAAAUCUGAGAGCUAGCAUAUCUGUGGCACCUGAUGCUGCUGCAACAAGGAGAUACGACAGGGGUCAAACUGGAUCUGUAUGCAUGCCAACUGAAGGAGUUGUUGUGGAAGCAAGCAGGCAAUACACUAUGGAGGAAGAAAUACUCUUGUCUGCAAGGUAUCCGCGAUGA